AUGUCAUACACACUACAUUCUCAUCAAACAUUGCUUCAAAAUAUUCGAGAGUGCAUGGAAUUGUGCCAACAAGUCAUUGAACCAACACUAGGCCCAUUGGGAAUGGACAUGGCAAUAUUUUCUCAACAUCAACAUUCAAAUCAAUGCAUUUCCAAUGACGGUGCCACUCUUUUAAAAACAAUUCCUAUGGAGAGCGCAAGCUGUAUUUUAUUAUCACGAAUUUCUCUUUUGCAAGAUAAAUUAAUCGGAGAUGGUACAACCAGCGUUGUAAUUUUCAGUUGUGAAUUAUUAAAUCAGGCACGAUAUUUAAUCGAAAAUAGAAAUAUUCAUCCCUCAUUGAUCAUCAGGGGCUAUCAAAUUGCCACGGAAAAGUGCAAAGAAUGGUUAAAGGCUUAUGUGUUGAACAGCAACGAUGAUGAAUCUAUUAAGAGUUUAAUUAGGACCAGUAUGCAAUCAAAAAUCAUUUCUCAAUACGAAAACACAUUUGUGGAAUUACUUUUUAAUGUUUUCAAGGAAAAACGUGAACAAUUUAACGUGCACCCAUCAAAAGAAUUUAAUUUAUUUUUCUUUAGCUCGAUAGGAAAUGACAUGAACAAGACGAGUAUUUUCAAUGGAAUUAUCAUUGACAACCUCUCUAACGUUAAUCAUUCACAACUCGUACUCAAUGAUGUUAAGGUUUUGAUGUGUAAAUCAGAGGAAUUGAAUGGCACUUUUGUAAAUCGGAUUUUCAAUACAAAAAUGAAUUUGGACAGCAGCGAGGCCUCUCAAGUGGAUUACAAGAACAUAAUCAAAAUUUGUGAUCAAUUAAUUGAGAUGAACAUUGGUGCUGUUUUCAACGUUGGAAUUGGUAUUCAUAAGGUUGCACAGGAGUAUCUCAAAGAAAAGGGAAUAUUUUGUGCUGGCUUUUUAGAUUUCAAUAACGCUCAAAAAUUGGCAGUUAUCGCUAAUUGUGUCAUAACAAGCUCGUUGAAAAAUCCUAAAAGUUGUGGAUGUAUUUCAAAAUUAACUGUAGCCAGCAAUGAUUCAUCAUCAAGCAUUGAAAUCAUUCAGAAUGACAAACACUCUCAUCCUAAAUAUAUUUGGAAUUCUAUUCGGAUUGUUGGACCUAGUGUGGAGAUUUGCAACGAAAUUCACAGAAGCAUCCAUGAUUGUAUGAGCGUUCUCAAUAUUUCUAGGGAAGGUCCUCUUGGAAUAUGUCCUGGUGGCGGAGCAACUUUCAUGUAUCUAUCAAAGUGCAUUCGAAAAUUGUCAUAUCCAAAUAAUUUGCAAUUAAUUUUAGAGGCGUAUGCAAAUGCUUUAGAAAUAAUUCCAGUAGUGUUAUCUAGGAAUAUGGGUUAUGACUCGUCCAAUGUUUUGUCUCAGCUUCGUUCCACAACUCUGUCACAUAUGGGAGUAGAUUCCAAUGAUGAGGGUAUUUGCAAUCAACUUGAAAAUCAAGUCAUAGAGCCGGUACAAUUGAUAGUUUCCAUUUUAGAAAGGUCAUUGGAGUUCAAUGAAAUGAUUUUAAGAAUUGAUGAAAAUGUAUACAUCAAACCGUAUCAAAGUGAUGUGGCUAGGAAGUGA